GCAUGCAACAGUGGCAACGGCAGAAGAAGACCUCACCCAAAUGUAGACUUAAGGUCACAUUCUUUGCCGAGGCAGGCAUUGAUACUGGUGCCCUUACCAAAGAAUUCCUCACAGGUCCAGAUAAGAAAGGGAAGAAUCCCAUUUACUGCCUUAACAGUUUGGACUGUAACUACUUCAGGACUGCAGGAGAAGUCAUGACAGCUAGUCUGGCACAAGGCGGACCUUGCCCUAACUUUCUGCGUGAAUGGUGCUUCAAAUAUCUCUGCUCUGGUGACUCUGACAGCAUUCAAGUGUCUGCCAGUGAUGUCACUGCUAAUUGUAAAGGUAUGUCCAAUUUUAUCACAAUAAACAGCACCAGUGAUGACAACAUCAGCGACCUGAUUGGUGACAUUGUGACCUGCGGAUACACUGGAAUCGUGUCUGUGUAUAAAAGGGACAGCAUAAUAAGAGCUGUUAUACUUCACUCCACCAUGAGACUCAUCCUGAUGCUCGACCAGCUCAGAAAAGGCCUGCAGCUCUAUGAACUACCAAAGAUCAUGAAGACCCAUCAAGACCUUUGCCAACCACUGUUUGUUACAGGAGAAGAUAAUAAGGUGGAUGCAGUCUUCAUUUUGGAGAACAGCCGCCCUGUCUUCAGUGAGAUUGGUUCUGCCAAACACCGCAUGGAAACAAACAUCAUGAACUUUUUCCAGGACUAUCUUCAGGAAAUUGAGGAUUCUGAACAAGAUGGCCCAAGCAACAACAAUAUUGCUCCAGGAAGUUUGACUGUUGGACGAAUCAUGCAGUGGCUCAUCGGACAGGGACACAAGCCCCUUCUGCCUAGUGAGAAGAAGGAUUUUGUCAUAAAUGUGAAAUUCCACCAUGACUGUGACCAGCACACUGUUUGUUUUCCUAUUGUCAGCGCCUUUAGUCGUACAAUCACAUUUCCCUCAGCGCACCUGAAAACAUUCAGUGAAUUCAAAAACAUUAUGACAUUAGCCAUAUGCCAUGGGCAAACCUUUGACAGGGUGUAA